GUCCGUUUGACCUCAGAUCUCAGCCGCUGUCCAACUAUAACCAGCAGCUGUGGCUCACGUGCAUCAUUCAGCUUCAGAACAACAUUGUAGAUUUCAGCUGGCGGGAGUUCGGGAUGAAUGUGGAGCUGCAGGGUGUGAUGCAGGACGCCAGUGUGAUGCGCAUCAGUGACAACGUGCACAACAAGAAUAGAAGCCUGCGCUGCGCCGCUCAUCAGCAGGCGUGUGAUGAGAUCAUCGUCCUGCAUCUGGGUUAUCUGAACUACACUCAGUACAAGAUCAACGUCAGCUUCAGGAAUCUGCAGGACGACCUCAAGGACAACAUCAAGAAUGUCACUUUUGUGUUUAAGAUGUACAACGCCACCUUCUCUCAGGUGGAGAUCUGGUUCCGCUUUGUGUUUGUGGUGAUGACCUUCAUAGUUACUUGUAUGUUUGCACACUCUCUGAGGAAGUUCUCCAUGAGGGAUUGGGGAAUCGAGCAGAAGUGGAUGUCCAUCCUCCUGCCGCUGCUGCUGCUCUACAACGACCCGUUCUUCCCGCUGUCGUUCCUGGUCAACAGCUGGUUUCCGGGAACUCUGGAUGCAUUUUUCCAGGCUGUGUUUCUGUGUGCUCUGCUGCUGUUCUGGCUGUGUGUUUACCACGGUAUCAGAGUUCAGGGCGAGAGGCGGUUUCUGACCUUUUACCUGCCCAAGCUGCUGAUGGUGGGCCUGCUGUGGUUAUCAGCUGUAACACUGGGAAUCUGGCAGACAGUGAACGAGCUGCAGGAUCCUACAUAUCAGUAUAAAGUGGACAUCCAGAACUUCCAGGGCAUGAAGAUCUUCUUCCUGCUGGUGGUGUGUGUGUAUGUGCUGUAUCUGGUGUUUCUGGUGGUCCGUGCCUGUUCAGAGCUGAAGAAUAUGCCAUAUUCAGAUCUGAGGCUCAAGUUCCUGACAGCGCUGACACUGUGGGUGCUGGUGAUCAGUGUGCUCAUCCUCUACCUGCGGUUCGGCUCCAAGGCGCUGCAAGACAACUUUGUAGCUGAACUUUCAACUCACUACCAGAACUCAGCUGAGUUUCUCUCCUUCUACGGUCUGCUGAACUUCUAUCUCUACACACUAGUUGUUUACUCGCCCUCCAAAAACGCUCUUUACGAUUCACAGCUGAAGGACAAUCCUGCGUUCUCCAUGCUCAAUGACUCUGAUGAUGAAGUGAUUUACGGGAGCGAUUAUGAGGAAAUGCCUCUUCAAAACGGACGCGCCAUCAAAGCCACGGCCAAAUACCAGGACGAGAGCGACAGCGACUGAAUCCCGUGUCUUAAACUGAGUGUAAAUAUACAGGCCAGAAGUCUAUUUUUAAAGCUGUGGUGUUGAAUGUAACUCCUGAUGUGGAUCUGUCAGUAAACCACACAUCUGAUGGAGGAAAAUCAGAACACUGUUCAGGUGAAUGUGCACGUUACAGGUUAUAUUUCAGCUCAAAGGGAAAACAAGAACAUCAUAUCUAGAGGAAAGAUGUUAUAUAUAUAUUUUAGACUUUAUUCUGUCACAUUUACAUCAGGAAAUUAAAAUAUUUAUCAUUUGUAUUCGCAUGCAUUACAUUUAGGAAUCUAAAUUAUACCUUUUAUUUGUACAAUAACAAUGAAUACAAGUAUUAAAUCUAGUUAGUUGUAGAUUUCACUGCAUUAAUCCCAGUGCUUGAAAUGAAACUCUAAUGUAACGUAACGGCGCUAUGAAAAAAUAAGCAUGCAAAAAAUCAUGCAGAUCAUUUAUUUUAUAUAAUCAAUAAGGAUUAAAUGUAAUAAAUUAAAUGUAUUAUAGAGUUAUAAACUACUACAUAAUAAAAUGUUAUAAAAAUAUUUGAGUAAUAAUAAUAAUAAUAUAAAUGCUUGAAAUAAGCAGAGAUGUAUUCUCUUUAUUGAGCUUUUGGACUGAAAUAUAACCUUCAUAUCUCUUGGCAGCAUUCACUUGAUGUUUCCUUCAUGUUUUUUGCCAUCAGGUUAGAGUUGAGGAGGUUUUGUGCAGAUAUUUCUGAUAUUUCCAGGCUCAUUUGA